AUGGCCGAUCAGCAAAAACUUUCGCUAUGUCCUCGUCUUGUCGACUACAUGGCAAUUGUAGGAGCCCGUACUACUCCGCCCAUGCCAAAAGGACUACCCGGCAAUAAAACGCCACCUGUGCAGAUCCCUGAGCUGUUGCGUCGAUAUCCACCAUCGGACCAUUCAGAUUUCCCUCUUCCCCUUGACAUGGUAUACUUCUGCCAACCUGAAGGUUGUACCAGCGUAGGACCACGCCGAACUGGGUCUGCCAUUCGCGACAUGACAUCCUUUGUAUUUGCGCUCACCGACAAGGAUUCGGGCAAAACUCGAUAUGGCAUCUGUGUUAAUUUCUAUCGACCGAUUGAACGACAUUCGACUAAUUUAGAACGUGGUGCAGCUGGUGGAAAUCAUGGUGCUGUUAGUCUUGGACAAAGCACCCGUGGACGUCGCAGCUCCGCUUUUCGACGCGAAUCCUGGCGCAAGAGCAUGGAGCGUAGCUCGGAUUCGGCAUUUAGUAGCGACUACAGAAGUAACGUCGCUCCUAGUGAUUCGGAUCGUGAAAUGACAUCGCGUCGUGAUUCGGAUCCACCGAAUCAACACCACUUAUCACAUGGGGCGCACGGUCAUAUACAACAACAACUGCAGCAGCAGCAGCAACAGAGUCAUCAACAACAAAUACCAAAGCUGGGACUGAUGGCACCAUCCGCGGACUCAGAGUCAGGCGGCAGUCAUUCGCCAUCACCACGCGCCUCACGAAAACGCACUAAACUGCGUAAUCAGUCGCUUACCUCGCUCUGCAUUAUCUCACAUCAUCCAUUUUUCUCAACGUUUCGCGAGUGUUUGUUUAUACUUAAGAAGCUGAUCGAUGCCUGCAAUGAGUCCUCAUCGCCAAAGCGUUUGGGCGCUUCACAAAAGCUAAAUCGUGACAAUGUGUGGACGGUGCUCACUGGUCAUGCUACCGAAGCUACCUCGUCCAUUGUGUUGCACGAUGUACGCGAGAUCGAAACAUGGAUCUUGCGGCUAUUAUCCACACCAGUACCUGUACCUGGCUCCACGCGUGUUGAGGUCGAGGUACUGUCUCCAACCGUACAUGAACCUCUGCUCUUCGCCCUGCCAGACCACACACGUUUCUCGCUGGUGGACUUCCCAUUGCAUUUGCCGCUUGAGCUGUUGGGCGUGGAAACUUGUCUGAAAGUGUGGACGCUGAUAAUGUUGGAAAACAAAGUACUCUUUCAGUCACGGGACUACAAUGCGCUCUCCAUGUCGGUAAUGGCAUUCGUCACAAUGCUCUAUCCGUUGGAGUAUAUGUUCCCCGUGAUACCGCUGUUGCCGACAUGUUUGAGUUGCGCUGAACAAUUGCUGCUGGCACCAACACCUUUCGUGAUUGGUGUUCCAGGCACAUUCCUAAUGUACAAAAAGAAUUUCCGGCUACCGGAUGAUAUCUGGGUGGUGGAUCUGGACUCAACCAAAUUGACACCGCCAACUGGUGGCUAUGAGGAGAUUCCACCAUUGCCAGAACCUGAGGGUACCAUACUUAAAAAUCACCUGAAGCAGGCUAUGCAACUUAUGGAUGAAGCUGGACUCGGUGCGUUAUCCUCUAUGUCGGCUUCCAAUCAGGCCAUAUCCGCACAACAGCUUAUGCCGUCGGUUCGCGACAGUCUUACAGAGCCAACUCUACUGGGGGUAUCUCAAGUCCGUUUGCCGCUACAGUCGCCCACGCAGUCCGCGUACACAAGUCAACGCAGCUCAAUGUCGGCACAGGGCACUCAUUCAAGGCAACCGAGUCCGAUGAAUUCGCCCGCUUUGAAUCCAUUUAUCUUUGGUACGGAUGUAGAUUCAGUAGAUGUCGCCACACGCGUUGCAAUGGUUCGAUUUUUUAACGCUCAAAAUACUCUAGCGAAUUUCGCCGAGCAUACUCGCACAUUACGGCUCUACCCACGCCCCGUGGUAGCGUUUCAGAUUAACAGUUUCCUACGUUCACGUCCACGUGCUUCACAGUUCCUCAAUCAAUUUGCACGCACACAAGCUGUAGAGUUCCUCGCGGAGUGGUCAUUAACCCCAACUAAUGUUGCCUUCCUGCGCGUACAAACCGGCGUAAUGGAUCCAGCUCAAGUUGGUGAUAAACCAAAGUGGUUCGCUCACCAGCUUACACCUAUACGGUUCUCUGUGUGGGAUGACGGCAGUUCACUAAAUGGUGCAUUGCGUUCUCUCAAACAACUAGAGUGCCAACCAACAGAUGAGAGUGGUUCCGACUCGGAGGGUGCGGAGAGUUCAAGUUCCUCAUAUUCCUCGCUCAGUGACUUUGUCUCGGAAAUGGUGUCUUCAGAUCUAUCGCCGAGUAUACACGAUGUUUUCGGUGCACACAAUCGGCCUCACAAUGUGCCACAAACGCUUUCAUCCAAUCUAGAUCCAGCUUUAGUUUAUCAUCCGCCUAGCACUCUGCAGUAUCCGGAAAGCAUGUCUCAUAAAAUAGAGGUCAACGAAGAUGAGGAGGACCAACGUGCUGAAUCACCACUCUCGUCAUCAUCAAGUCGUUCCGAUUUAAGUUCUCCCAGCCGUGAUUCUGAAUUUGAGUUUCCAGCUAAAGCAGCGGGACCUUUCGAUUUGGCAGCACCGGCAGCAAUUCGCUUGGAGGCAACUAUACGGGCUGCCAGUAUUGAGAACGAAGGGACCGAUAUGGGAGAACUAAAGAAAUCACCAGUAUUGUCACAAAAACAGCAACAACAACACCACCAGCAGCGGCAUACGGGUGAAAUGGAGCAUGUUGGUGUUGAAAAGAAGCGUCCGCCUCCAAUAAUACCCCCCGUCUCCAAUAUCCUCGCCCGCACUGGUAGCUCCGGUUCAAGCUCAAGCAGUCCUGGACGGCAAGGAUCACAGGGAUCUCUCUUUGAAAACUUCGCCUCCCAUGCAAAGGAGCUGGUGCGUGAGACAACACGGCAAAGCAGCCAGGAAGGAUUGUUGGCCCAAGUGGAUAAGCAACAUUCUAUGGAAGGUAGUAUACCCGAAGAGUUAGAUGAGAAAGUGCGACACACCUUUGAAAAGUUUACAUUGCACGCCAAGAAAGCUGCUGGAGAGGCGUCGAAGCAAGCCUUAGAGGUUUCCAAGCAGGCGGCUGGUGUGAGUAAGCACACCUUCGAUGAUCUCACCUAUGUGAGUAAAUCUACGAUUGGCGAUUUGACGAAAACUGCCAAAGAAGCUGCGACCAAGAAGGGCAUCAUUAAAGUGGAUGAGCAUAGUCAUUCCUCGGGACAGCAGGUUGCCACACAGAAACAAAUGCAAAGUCCCGGUGGCAAUUUUUUUUCAUCGAUAGGCAGCGACUUCAAUGGGCUUGCCUCUUCGACGUCCACCAUGUUUUCGGGCAUGUUUGGUGGCAAAAAAAACCAGCAGAAGCAACAACAACAACCAGCACAUCAGUAUCAGGGCGGUGGCAACAUGCAACAUAAAUCAAAGGCGGGCAUUAAUUUCGAUCCAUUUCCAAGUCGAAAAGGUCUGGUAGAACGCACACCUCUCAUCAAACAUUCCGGUCCCGGGCAGACUCAAGAAGACAUCACACGCCAGCAAAAUCAAGAACGUUCGCAUAGUAAUUCCGAAAACCAAGCCUUCCUAAGGGAUGUCACCACACAAGUAUUGGCUGGAGAAGGUGUCGGUUGGUUAAAGAUGAAUAGGUUCAAAAAGCUCAUGGAAGACGAAUCCUAUCGCACCUUGGUACUUAGUAAACUUAACAAAACUUUGGAUAGGAAAAUUAUGCCUGAUGAUCAUAUUGAUGAUGUGUGUGUACCUAAACCAGUGUGGAAAGGCAUGUUAAAAUGUCUGCAAGCUCUCACGGCUGGUUUUGAGGCUAGUUACUCAAAUUUCGGUCUUGGUGGCAUGGCUUCUAUAUUUCAAAUGAUGGAGAUCGCGCACACUCAUUAUUGGAGUAAAGAACUUAACGAAACUACCGACAUGUCUUCAAGCCUACUAUCCAGUCAUGCCACAAGCCCCAUGGGAAGUCGGGAAAAUCUGCGUUCGCCCUCCAGUCCCAUGGAUUCGCAUUCAGGCUUGGGCAGUGAGUGGGCUUCGCCACAAGAAUCGCGUAAAAGUUCUUCACAAACUGAUCGUGCCGGACCAAUGGUUGGGGGAGCAGCAAACUCUGCUUCCACAAGGCGCAUGUCAUCUGCCGACAGUCAGGAUGGGCAGUCCACGACAGAGAUGUUUAAGGACAUGCUGGCGCAAAAGCGCACAGCGCUGUUGAGCAAACUCACUUCAUUCGACUCAGAUGGUGCCGGCUCCACAGGUGCUCUGUCUGUUGUUAGUGAUCUCCUACCUGCUGGUAGUUUGAAUGUUCGUAUGCCCGCUAGUUGUCGAUCAACGGUAUCCGAUACCGAAUACGAAAAUACUACAACAUCAAAGGAUUCCAAACGAAGCUCUGGAAAUAUUUGGUCGGGUAAAUCAACACUCAGCGCCGGUUUUCGCUAUACAGGAGGACACUUGAUCAACACCUCUUCCUCGCCAUCGCCAGAUAGUCCAAGAGUGUAUCUCUUCGAAGGCAUGAUUGGGCGCGAUCGUUCAAGUUUGUGGAAUCAAAUGCAAUUCUGGGAAGAUGCGUUUUUGGACGCAGUGAGCCAAGAACGAGAUAUGAUCGGCAUGGACCAGGGUCCCAUAGAGAUGAUGGAACGCUACAAAUCACUUAGCGAUGAAGAACGUAAACGUUUGGAACACGACGAGGAUCGACUACUCUCAACAAUGCUGUACAAUCUCACGGCUAUACUGGUAAUGCUUGGCGUGAACAAAGAGGAGAUACGCCGAAAAAUUCGACGCCUUCUGGGUAAAAGUCACAUUGGUUUGGUUUAUUCCACCGAAGUGCACAACGUUGUAGAUCAAAUAAAUAAUCUCAAUGGCAACGACAUCGACCUGAAACCGCUCGGUUCGAGACUUCUGCAUCGUCAGAGUUUCACCAUACAUCCGGGUUCAGAUGCCAGCGGGCCACUUCUAUUCAUGGAGGUGCGUGACGAUGGACUUGUGGUACGCUCUGUUGAUGGCACAAUCGUUGAACGUUGGUUCUAUGAGCGUCUAGUUAACAUGACGUAUUCGCCCAAAACUAAAGUGCUCUGUCUCUGGCGCCGUAAUGGAGGGCAAAUACAGCUCAACCGUUUCUAUACUCGCAAGUGUAGAGAACUUUACAACUGUAUCAAGGAGGCUAUGGAACGUAGCGGCACUCCGAAAAAUGUGCCUGAGUUGGGCGGCGAGUUCCCAGUGCAGGAUAUGAAUACUGGCGAGGGUGGCCUUUUGCAGGUGUGCUUAGAGGGGGUUGGUUUGUUGUUUUCCAACAGCAAGGAUUUCGAGUUCUUUGUGCGUCUGGACCACAUACGAAAAUGCUUCACGCAGAAAGGUGGCGUUUUCGUUUUGGAAGAAUACAAUCCUAAAACGCGUCAUCUGAUCCAGCGAAAAUAUAAAUCUAAAUUGGUACCUGUCGAAUAUAUUCUACAUCACUUCAUACGCGUGCUUUCCAUUGCCUACGACAUUCAUCUGCGCGACCGGGAAGCUCGCGAAAGACGAAGGCUCAGCAGCACGAAUGAGACGACCAAACAGCCAAGAGUUACUGAGACAGAUGAAGAGGAGAAGCAAAGUAGGCCUGCGCUCAUACGAAAUGAAGCCGAAAUCAUUACUUAACAUAAAUUUGUAUUUCAACUGUGAUAAAUCCAAAGUGUACUGGCAGGCAUUCAGUCCACUAUUUACGCUAACACAAAAAAGUAAAACCAAAUAAUAAGAAUUAAAUUAAAUUAAGAAUCAAUAAGUAAAGUUGAAAAUGCUGCCUAAUUUUGUGCCGACUUUAUUUUAUUUAAAACUAACUUUCUACAAAAAUCUUCAAUCAAACUAAUAUAAAUUAAGCGUAGUUGCCUUUUAAUGCCAAACAAAGAAACGAUACAAUCCCUAAAAAAUCUACUUAUACUCAUAUUUAUAAUAAAAUUUUAUACUGCAAACUAUUUAUAAAAAUACCAACUGUUAUGUAAGGAAUAAUUUAACACAGCAACUUUUCACUC